UUCCGGGCGCGGCUGUUCCGGCGGGCGGACAAUGCGGUUCCGAGUGGCCGUGCUGGGCUGCGGCGGCGCCUGUCCGUAGGCGGAGGUCGGAGCGGCCGCGGGUGCCAGCGCGGGGACGCGGCCCGGCGCUACAGGUGUGCCAAAAUGUCAGAAAGAUCGGAUAUUCUUCACUUCAAGUUCGACAACUAUGGAGAUUCGAUGUUACAGAAAAUGAACAAACUGAGGGAGGAAAACAAAUUUUGUGAUGUCGUGGUCCAUAUAGAUGAUGUUGAAGUUCACGGGCAUAAAAUUGUCUUUGCUGCUGGCUCUCCCUUUCUGAGAGAUCAGUUCUUACUGAACGACUCCAGGGACGUGAAGAUCUCUAUCCUGCAGAGUUCAGAAGUGGGGAGGCAGCUGCUCCUCUCCUGCUACAGCGGCAUCCUGGAGUUCCCCGAGAUGGAGCUGGUGAACUACUUGACAGCUGCGAGCUUUCUGCAGAUGAGCCACAUCGUGGAACGCUGUACCCAGGCCCUCUGGAAGUUCAUCAAACCGAAGCAGCCGCUGGAGAGCAAAGAGUGCGAACAGCAGAGCGACUCCUCGGAGCUGAAGGAGCAUCAGGGAGAUGACGACUCUCUGCAGCAGGACUCGCCUUGUAUCCAGCCCUCGGAAGACAGCAUGGACAUGGAGGACAGCGAUAUUCAGAUCAUCAAGGUGGAGUCCAUCGGGGAGGUGGCAGAAGUCAGGAAUAAGAAGGAUCAGAACCAGUUUAUUUCUUCCGAACAAACUGCCCUGCAUUCCUCAGAGCCUCAACACUUUGUUAUCAACUCCACUGUUGAGAACAGAGCGAGUGAAAUCGAGCAAAACCACCUCCACAACUAUGCCCUUUCCUAUGCCGGCGGCGAUAACAUCGUUCUGGCCUCUAAAGAUAUGUUUGGGCCCAACAACCGAGGGAUAGACAAAGGCCUCCAGUGGCACCACCAGUGUCCAAAGUGCACGAGAGUAUUUCGGCAUCUGGAAAACUAUGCCAAUCACUUAAAGAUGCACAAACUAUUUAUGUGUCUGCUCUGUGGCAAGACGUUCACUCAGAAGGGCAACCUCCACCGGCACAUGAGAGUGCACGCAGGCAUCAAACCAUUCCAGUGUAAGAUCUGUGGGAAAACGUUCUCUCAGAAAUGUUCCUUACAGGACCACCUCAACCUGCACAGUGGGGACAAGCCCCACAAGUGUAACUACUGUGACAUGGUUUUCGCCCAUAAACCCGUUCUGAGGAAACACCUUAAACAGCUGCAUGGUAAAAACAGCUUUGACAAUGCCAAUGAGAGGAACGUGCAAGACAUAACGGUGGACUUCGACUCGUUCACGUGCAGCGCUGCUACAGACAGUAAGGUCUGUCAGCAGGCUGAUGCCAGCCAGGUACUGGAUGCAGGGAAGCUGCCUCAGGCUGUGCUCAGUUUAAGAAACGAUAGUACCUGCGUCAAUUAAGCAAUUAAAACCCGCCCCGUGCGGGGAUCGUGACUGAGAGGAGCAGACCGUUGGUUCGGGCUCUUCCCCAGACCAGUGGUGUGCCCCGAAAGGCUACGGAUGGUUGGAUUGCAAAACCUGGCAGGUCUUCAUCCAUCGUUCUUAGUCUUACUUGAUAUUUUCUGUGAAUAGCAAUCCUCCUUCAGGUUUCUAUCUGUGUCUCUACUGUGGAUUAUGGGGUUAAUUAUUUCAUUUCUCUCUGAUUAGGAGACUCAAGACUAACACCUUUUGAAGGACUGUUGCUGUGGGCUGCAAGUAAACCAUCUGCUGUACAGUUAGAGGCCUCUUUAUGUCUGGGCAGAUGGAGGAAAGAGCAAGGAGGACAAGUCUGUGAGAGAAGCUGAUUUUUUUUUUUUUUUUAAAGCACUGGAUAACUGAAAACACUCCAUAUACUUAAAUUUAAACUUACCUCUUAAAAUUACCUUUCUCUGAUCUUACCCCUAGACUCCUACAGUUAAAAUGAAGUAUUUUUGUGUCACUUUUUUGCCCUUUCUAAACUUACUUCAAGAAACUUCUGCUGCCAAUCAGUGCUCUCUUAAUAGCUCUCAGGGUUUUUAACCUCAACAUGCAUUAUGAAAAGAUGGAAACCCUAAAUGAUUUGGCAGGGUUGGCUGAUCAUUGCAUGGAGCUGUUCAAACUGAGGGUAAACUGCAGCUCUGGAAUGUGAGAGGCUGGAGUGCAAGUAUGACCCAUUUCUCAUGCUGGCAUACCUGGGAUUUUUAAAGGGCACUCACCAGUGCAUGUACUGAGACAAGCUAAACACUUCAAAGCUAAAAAUUAUCAUCCAUCCUCCGUAAGUUUUGCAGCACAAACCACAACAGCUGUUGGGUUUAAGGCAAAGCUGGAGUGGAGAUACACUGCUUUUUGACACUGUGAAAAGAAUCUGUUUUUAAAGCUGCAAUGGAUAACAACUCCAUGCUUUUUUUUUUUUUUGCCUUUUUUUUCCCCCCUUAGUUCUUGUACGUCUCUCCUUGAUGUCUAAUAAGGGCCACAUGUCAGUUAAACUUGAAACAAAAAUACCUGCUAAAAGAACUUAAGCAACAUAAAGUUUUUUGAUUUCUUGGACAUUUUUUUGAAGUGACCUGCAGAGUUCGUGACCAUUAGUGUUUUACAGAGCCUAGGGUGAGGUAUAGGUAGCACAAUUUCUGCAGGUUAAUGUAUCAGCUAUUGACUGUACUCAGCAAUACCUCUUGUAUUACCGCCUUAAACAUCCAAUGUAGCGGGAAUGGCACGUUCACUGGGAUUCUGGGAUUACACUGUAUCGCUUCUCAAAAGUGCCGUGGAAUGAUCCGCAUCCCAGUCGGGCUGACAGCAGCCUGAUGUACCUGAGGCACACCAUUCCCAGCAGAACAGCACUCUGAGGACACUGAAGCGUAGCACAGACCCAUAACCGAACGGCUGAUCCUGGGCACAGAACCGCUCUUUGUGUUUGGAGUGAGCGUUUCUUCCAGCGUAGCUCUUUCCCACAGGGUUUGCCACGAGGCUGAGAUUGUGCUUCCUACCGAAACGUAGCACUGCCGUUGUGUUUGACUGAGGGGUGGGGGUGAAAGGCUGCUAUUGUGUGGUUAACAAAGCUAAACAGGUAUGACCAAAGGUGCGCUCGAGCAAAAAGUGUUUCUCGUAUGUCGUUAUCAGAAGUUGGUCUUGCUCUUCGGUUCUGUGUGUGCUGGGAUUUCCUUACGCAGACAGUUCUCUGAUGGACGAUAAAGCGUGUUGAUGUUGCAGAAAGUUUUCAGAAAUCCACAUACUUUGAAGUAGAAAAGGAAGGUGAUUCUGUGAAUCGGUUUUUGCAAUUGAGUUCUUGAACUACUGUACUUGACUGUUACACGAACUCUUACAUGGACAGCGAUGAAGUAAGCAAUGGAAAUGGCAUCAGGGCAUUCACCUUUCAAGUUGUAGCAAAUAUAUUUAGGCCUAGAGUCUAACUAUAUGAAACUUUUUAAAAUUCUUGUUCAGGUUCCUGGGGCAGAAAAUAGGUUUGCAUGGGAAGAACUGUUUUUCCUCUUAAAGCCACCUGCUUUCAGAAUUGUUUUGAGCUAAAUUUAACCGUGACAGUUGCAUCUGACACUUGCGUUCUGCCUUCAGGCGGAAUCUCCUGUAUUGUGCAAACAUUUGGAUAACCUUAUUCACUGAAUGGAAAAAGUUACAGCACUAAUGUCAAAAUGAAGAUAGACGUGGAGAACAGGAGCUUGCAGAGCCAGGUCAACGUGCUGGAAGGUACUAGUGAACAAUCCGACCCAAUACGAAUAUGGACAUGAAAAAGAAAAUGGCCUUCUGCCAGAGAAAGGAAUAAAACUGUACAAAUGCUAGAAAGUGGCAGCAAAAUGGACAGUAUUCAAAGCUUUGUCUAUCUGGGAAGUAUUGUUUUUUUUUUGUGGAUUUAUGAAGCUGUAAUAUUACUGUGAGGAAAAUACAGCUUGUUGAAGUAGCUGUUGGUGAUCUGAAGCUGAUAUGAAGAAACAAGGGGUUUCCUAAGAAACAACAAGAAGUUAUUUGGGCAAGAUGUAUAGGUUUCUAAUCUGCCCUGUGCUGUGGUGAUUUGAAUGUCUGAGAAGGCCAAGACUGCUGGUGGUUCAUUUAAAGGCUGCUGUUGUCAUUCGGAAAAAGCAGAAAUGCAGAAGACUUUGGUCAAUGAAAGGGGACACAUCUGUUGGAUGAAAAGUGACUUCUGCUAUGGUCUGUGCUUUCAGCCUGCCAAAAGGGUGCAGACCAAAAGAUUUAUGGAGGAGAUGGCUGCAUGACUCCAGAAACACAGGAGAUCUAAGGGCACUGGUGGUAGAGUUCAUCUGAGAUCUGCCCCUAUAUGGAAAGACGAGUAUAGAAGAGGUACUAGGAAAGAAAAAUGUGGUUAAUGCUUUUUCUCUGAAUUACAGAUUCAAAUGGAGUGAGAAUUACUGUAAAUGGAAUACGCAGAGGCAGCUCGGUUAUAGAAGAAUAUGAACUUAAUUGUCCAUGUAUGUAAAAUGUUGUCUUCAUUGCAAUGUCCCGAGUAGUGAAAGACUAGAUCCAUUGGUUGUUGCUACUGAUGCUGCAUAUUCAGAUGAGGACUAUGGCAGUUAUCAUAAUCUGUGUGUUACUGUGUAGAAUACUAUUUGCUGGUAAGUGGAUAGUCUCACAAGUUAAUGUGCUGUACAACUUCCUGCAUAUCCUAAAAGUAACUGAAGUCUAUUACAAAAAUAUUUUAAUAAUUCCUCAAUAUAUUAGGAUUUUUUUUUUUAUGUUGGCAUUUUAUUUAUUUAUUUUAUAUAGAAGAAGGAAUUCUUAGAACUCUUAGGUUUGCCAGAGGUUUGGGCUCACCACUUCUCUGAGUGGCUGUAGCUUGUGUAGCACGUGUUUCUGUAGUACCCGCUGCAGCUGCACAGCCUCCUGCAUAGAUCAGGGACGAGUGUUUCCUUAAUUUAUUUUUCUUUUAGAACACAGGUUUUGCAAGUUAGUUACUGCUAAAAUUGAAGUGUCAGUCUUUUUUCUCCCCUGGCUUUUUGGCAAAACUUAGCUGCCGCUGAACUGUUGUUGAAAUAACUGACAAAUUAAUUGUGUGGGGCUGAUUUUGGUUCUGGAGUCAUUGGGAGGAGUAAAGGCGAGGAGGGAGAAUCAAAAUGUGAUACAAACCGAAACUGUUGAGAGAAUUCUAAAGUCAUGCUAAAUGUUGAUUUUU